CGAACGCCUCGCUCACCGCUAUUCGUCUCCACCAGUCCACCGCACUUCCCCCCAUCCCCUACUCUCCACUGCCUUAUCCGCUCUGCUCUCGCCGGAAUCGAAGGAGAGGCGGGGACAGAGGCGAACGCCGACCGGAGGUAGGAGAGAUGCGUGGAUGGCGAUGCUGCGGGAGGGUGGCGACCGGCGGGCACCAAUCUGUCGACCUGCGGGAGGGCGGCGUCCGACGGGGGCACCAGGCUGCGGCCGUGGCGGGUGGAGAGCGCAUCCAAUGCUCGCCGGCUGCUCCCUACGGCCGGCGGAUUUCCCCUUCGUCUCCGUGCGCGGCCGCUGCUCGCGACAUGGCAAAAAUUGGGAGAACUCCAUGGCCAUGGGAUGGCAGAGGGUGGGCUGGAGGAGUACGGACGAGCGCGCAUGAGCAGGCGAGGAAGCUGAGCGAGGAGAAGGCAGUGCGAGGGAUGUCGUUGUCGGCGGUGGUUUGCCGGCCGGCGCGGAGGCGGCCUGCAAGAUCGAGCGCUGCGGCGGGUUACAGGGGGCUAAGAAGGAGAGGUAGGAUGCGGCGGCGGAGGGUACCUCGGAUGCUGGUGGUGCUCGGGAUCGAUCGGCAACGGCGGAGAGCUUCGUUCUCCCAUUCUGCAGGUUCUGCUCCCUCGAGUGGCACCGAGUAUCUAUCUGAGGAGCAGUGCUACCGUGUUGAUAUUCCAGGCAAGCAAAUCCCCCUUGAGGAUUCCAAUAAAACCCUACUCUUUAGCUCUUGCUCUUUUAUUGCAUUAUGACAACAACGAUUCAAAUGUUACUUGUUGCGGUAGUUGAACCCAUUCCUCUGCAUGACCUGUUAUUAUGACAGUAAAUAGUUAAACCUUCCUAGCAUGAUUAGGAGUUGCUUGAGCCAUGUUGUGACUUCAUCCAUGCCAUGCUUGCUAUUGCUUAGAGUUGUGUCAGGUCUGAUUCAUUUGGGAAUGAAUUGGAAUGUUGUUAUCAUGUUCUAAUGUUGAGAACUAAGCGUGUGAACACGAUUUGGUAAAGGUAGCGAUGAGAGGCCAAGUAGGAGUACAUGGUGGGUUGUCUCAUUGAGACCGUCCUUAAGAACUGAGUUCUGUGUAUUGUAUCCAAGGCAGUUACUACCACACAUUGGGCUCGAAACCAAUGACCCCUCUCAAGUUAUUAAUCGCCCCGAUCUCUGUCCAGGAGUUGCAACUAGUUUAUGGUGUUUAUAGGUCGUGCUAUUUGUCUACCAAGUGGCACCCGACCAACUAGGCUUGGGACAGACUAGGCACAGUGGCACAAUGUAUCAAGCGUAGUUCCAUCCGGUGGGGUGGGCUUGGGAACCCUGCACACAUCGUUUGGGGCCGUAAUGGAAACUUCGGCCGGACUUCCCUUGCGGGUUCAGCCUCAGAUAGGCGAUAAACCUAGACUAGAGUCUCGUGUGGUUAGUCAGGUAGUGGCCGACACCCUCGCCAGGCUUCCGCUUGAAGGUUGCCGAGAUACUUGACGUGUAUAUUUUGGUAAGUGGUGAGAGCGUGUGUGAAGAAGUACACCCUUGCAGGGGUAAUGAUCUAUUCAAAUAGUCUCGUUCGCGGAUAUGGACUACUUGGAGACUUAUAUGGUUAAUAGAUAACCUGAAGUGGAUACCCUAAAAUGCGCAAGAUAAGCGUGAGUGAUAUGGAUGGCCUUCUCAUUGGGAGACGGGAGAGAAUCCAUAGUGGUGUAUUGUUGUGGUGGUUAGUGUACUUGUGGGCGUUUUAUCACCUCAAAGGAAUUACUGGUAGUCGUAGUACAGGAUAGCCAGUGAGUGAAAGUUGGCUUGCUGCAGUUAAACCCCACAACCCCCUUUAUUGAUACUGAUGCAUAUGUAGAUAGUUCAGAUGUAAGUCUUGUUGAGUACCUUUGUACUCGCAGGUGCUUAAUUUAUGUUUUUGCAGAGGAGACCUCAGUAUCUCUAGUAGUUCCACGUGGGCUUCGACAAGUAGCUUGGGAAUCCCAGACAGAGGUCUGGUUCCUAUGAAGGGUCUUGUAGAUAGUCAGGCUUCUUAACCUUUUCUUUUGUAGAUGUCUAUACUCAGAAUGUUUAUGCUUUCGUUGCUUAUAUGCUUUGUAUGAUGGGUCAUGUGACCCCUGUUUGUAAUAUCAUGCUAUGUAUGGCUCCUCGGAGCCUCUUAAAUAAAUAUUUUAUAGAGUUA